AUGCCGAAGCAAGUGAUCAAAUCGGGAAGCCGACCACCGUGGGUAGGUUUAUCUGCGGCGGUAUGGGUCGAAAUCGCCGCCGGAAACGCUUACAACUUCCCCUUGUACUCUCACGCUCUGAAAUCGGUGCUGGGUUACAAUCAGCAACAGCUCACGAUGCUUGGAGUUGCCAAUGAUGUCGGAGAGAGCGUCGCUUUGCUUCCCGGUUACGCCUGCAGCAAGCUCCAACCCUGGAUGGUCCUCUUCGUCGGUGCAUGUGCUUGCUUCUUCGGCUAUGGACUCAUUUGGCUCUCCGUUACUCAGACUCUUCCUGCUCUUCCCUUCUGGUUGUUGUGGAUUGCGCUGAUUGUGGCUACAAAUAGCAAUGCGUGGUUUGGGACAGCAGUUUUAGUGACGAACAUGAAGAAUUUCCCGCUAAGCAGAGGCACUGUCGCUGGGAUUCUCAAAGGGUAUGCUGCGAUUGGUGGAGCGGUUUACACUGUGAUCUACAAUGUGUUUCUUGAUCAGUCUCCUCCGAGGCUGCUGCUGUUCUUGGCCCUCGGGAUCCCGGUUCUCUGUUUCGCUAUGAUGUACUUGAUCAGACCGUGCGCUCCUGCUUCCGGAGAGGACUCAUCUGAGCAUGUACAUUUCAUUUUCACUCAAGCCAUGGCGGUUUUAGCUGCUGUCCUUGUGCUGACCAUCACUGUGGUUGGCCAUGUGGUCUCAGUAAGGAGAAGCGUUUCGUAUGCACUGGUUGGUUUAGUGGUUGUUCUGCUGCUCUCUCCUCUUGCAAUUCCUGUAAAGAUGACAUUUUUCCGGAAAAAGUCUACCAAGAAACAGGAAAGAGGAGAGAUUGAUGCUACAACCAGCCCGUUGCUGAGACCGUCUUCGUCUCUUGGGAGUUUCAUUGAGAUGGAGGAUGAUGAUGCUUCAGAUGUGCAGACGCUUUUAGCUGAGGGAGGAGGAACAGUUGAGAAAGAGAGAAGGCCGAGGAGAGGAGAGGAUUUUAGGCUGAGAGAAGCAUUUGUGAAAGCAGAUUUCUGGCUUCUAUGGUUUGUUUACUUCCUUGGGGUUGGCUCUGGAGUCACAGUUUUAAACAACUUGGCUCAGGUUGGAAUCGCGGUUGGGAUUGAUAACACAACGGUCCUCUUGUGCCUCUUUAGCUUCUUCAACUUUGUUGGCCGGCUUAGCUCAGGAGCUAUCUCGGAGCACUUUGUCAAGUCAAGAGCAAUGCCGAGAACCGUGUGGAUGACGUUAGCGCAGAUUCUCAUGGUGAUUGCUUUCGUUCUCUACGCUCUCUCUUCGUCAGCUACUCUCUAUCCAGCAACCGCGCUUCUAGGCACUUGCUACGGGUUUCAGUACUCACUCAUGGUGCCGACUGCAUCAGAGCUCUUUGGUCUUGAACAUUUUGGUAUCAUCUACAGUGUCAUGAUUCUAGGAAACCCGGUUGGUGCGGUUUUCUUCUCCGGUUUGCUAGCUGGUCAUUUGUAUGAUGCUGAGGCUAUAAGACAAGGAAGCUCGACUUGUUAUGGACCAGAGUGUUUCAGGCUGACCUUUGUGAUCUUGGCUUGCGUCUGUGGGGUUGCAGCGAUUCUUGGCGUGGUUCUGACUGUUAGGAUAAGACCGGUUUAUCGGUCUCUAUACGGCGCUAGAUCUUCCCGGCUAUCUCAAGAGUAA